GAACAGAAAUAGGCAGUAAGAAGAACACAGCUGAUCACAGAGCACGGGAUGGGUAUCUAUUUCCUUCUGUUAAUUAUAGGGCUGUGCUGGGCACAGUACAACCCUAAUACUCUCCCUGGGAGGACGUCAAUUGUACAUCUCUUUGAAUGGCGCUGGGCUGAUAUUGCUCUUGAGUGUGAACGCUAUUUAGCUCCUAAUGGAUUUGGAGGAGUUCAGAUUUCACCUCCAAAUGAAAAUGUUAUCAUUACUGACCCUAAGCAACCAUGGUGGGACAGAUACCAGCCUGUCAGCUAUAAGCUGUGCACGCGUUCUGGAAAUGAAACUGAAUUUAGAGACAUGGUGACCAGGUGCAACAAUGCUGGAGUACAUAUUUAUGUGGAUUCAGUAAUCAACCAUAUGUGUGGAGCUAGUGCUGGUGCUGGUGACCAUGCUACUUGUGGAAGCUAUUUCAAUGCAAAGACUGAAGAUUUUCCAGCUGUGCCAUAUUCUGGCUGGGACUUUAAUGAUGGUAAAUGUAAAUCUAGAAGUGGAGACAUUGAGAAUUAUCAUGAUAAAUCGCAGGUCCGGGACUGCCGCUUGGUUGGCCUUCUGGAUCUGGCCCUGGAGAAGGACUAUGUGCGCUCAAAAGUUGCUGAGUACAUGAACUACCUGAUUGAUACUGGUGUGGCAGGCUUCAGAAUUGAUGCUGCCAAGCAUAUGUGGCCUGAUGAUGUGAAGGCAAUUUUGGACAAGCUUAAAGAUCUAAAUACUACAUGGUUUCCGGCAGGAACAAAACCUUUUAUUUACCAGGAGGUUAUUGACUUGGGUGGAGAGCCCAUCAAGGGCAGUGACUACUUUGGAAACGGCCGAGUGACAGAGUUCAAAUACGGUGCAAAACUGGGGACAGUGAUCCGCAAGUGGAACGGAGAAAAGAUGGCCUACUUGAAGAACUGGGGAGAAGGCUGGGGCUUUAUGCCUUCUGACAGAGCCCUGGUUUUUGUGGAUAAUCAUGACAACCAGCGUGGACACGGGGCUGGUGGAUCUUCCAUUCUAACCUUCUGGGAUGCCAGACUUUAUAAAAUGGCAGUUGGUUUCAUGCUUGCUCAUCCAUACGGGUUCACACGUGUGAUGUCAAGUUUUCGCUGGCCAAGAUAUUUUGAAAACGGACGGGAUGUCAACGACUGGGUUGGACCACCGAGUGACUCGGAUGGAUCCAUAAAGCCUGUGACAAUCAAUCCAGACACUACCUGUGGCAACGACUGGGUUUGUGAACAUCGCUGGCGUCAAAUCAAAAACAUGGUUAUCUUCCGUAACGUGGUGGACGGUCAGCCUUUCUCCAACUGGUGGGACAACAACAGCAAUCAAGUAGCCUUUGGCCGUGGCAACAAAGGCUUCAUCAUUUUCAAUAACGAUGACUGGGACAUGAACGUCUAUUUGCAAACGGGACUGCCUGCUGGUACCUACUGUGAUGUUAUUUCUGGACAAAAGGAGGGUGACAAAUGUACUGGAAAACAGGUGUACGUUUCUCGUGACGGAAUGGCUAAUUUCCAGAUCAGCAGCAGUGCUGAAGACCCAUUUGUUGCAAUUCACGUUAACGCCAAAUUAUAA